GUAUGCGUGCAGUAGUAGUAAGAGCAUGCGCAGUGCGUGAAAAGAACACAGCGAAGAUUCAAAGUUUUUGUUCAAUUUGUUGCCAUAGAACUGACCAGCAAAUAGACUAUGUUUGGCUUUCACAAGUCAAAGAUCUACCGGAGUAACGACGGCUGUUGCAUCUGCAAGACCAAGUCCUCCAGUUCCCGUUUCACAGACAGCAGCCGCUAUGAGGAGACGUUCAGACUGUGUUUUGGGCUCUCGGAGGAUCGUGUUGGAGACAUCUGCAACGCCUGUGUGCUGCUGGUGAAGAGGUGGAAGAAGCUGCCUCAUGGCUCCAAGAAGAACUGGAACCAUGUGGUGGAUGCUCGAGCUGGUCCCGGAUUUAAGAUGACAAAACCCAAGAAGAUCAAGAACAGCGACGGGAAAAAGAAAAGCAAACUGAGGAAGCUUCACAAGCUAAAGAGACAAAGUUUGUUCCAAGCAGAUUCAGACGCCCACAGCACAACCUCCAGCGUGUCCCCGGCCCAGUCUCCCAGUUACAGCAACCAGUCCGAUGAUGGCUCAGACAUCGAGUCCAAACAGAGACGCUCCACUCCCUCCAUCUUCUCUUUCUUGGAUCGUUCCUACUGGAAAAGGCAAAAGGUCUGCUGUGGGAUCGUCUACAAAGGUCGCUUUGGAGAGGUGAUUAUCGAUCCCCGACUUUUCAAGCCCUGCUGCAGUUCCAAAAAACAGAAGACACUGACGUCCACACAAGUGGCCGCACACAUGCCGGACACGCUCGCUCCACAGCUCCCAGAAGACAUGAAAGAAACCUGGUGAAGGCUUAUGUUGAAUCCCCCUGUAGGGUUAUCCAUGGCAUCACCUGGAUUUGUCUCCAGUGGCAGACCUCUCAUUUCCACUUCCCCACUACAAAAACAAAG